UUAAAAUGUUUGACAUAAUAUAUAUAACCUUUUAUUUAAUUUAUAAAAUAAAAUAGUGUUAUCUUCGUGUGGUAUUUGUGAAUACUGGCUAUAAAUAUGGGAAAGAAACCAAAUGUAAGGAAUACAAGAUAGAAAAAUGCCGAAACGUGUGCCAUUUCAUGUGGUUUAUGCAACGAGUGAGGACAGUUCAUACCCAGCAUGCGAGCUGAACUCCCAGGGUCCUGCUGUGCGAGGCUGGCGCAGUGUGGGUCCGCCUCCACACGAACUGCUCCUUCGCCUGACUGCUGUCACCAGUAUUCACAAGCUGCAACUGCUGGCGCAUCAUCAGCUCAUACCAUCAUGUGUGGAAGUUUUAGUCUCUGGAGGUUUGGUGUCGGAAGGGUCAGCUACUCCGUGUGGGGCGACCUACACAAGCGUGGGGAAAGUUUCUUUAGCAAGACCAGCUCCUCAGGCGCGGACGAGAGAAUUACGAUCUGCUGCCCUUCCGGAGCCCACUGUUGCCAGAUUUGUGAAGCUGAAACUAUCCGGCCCCCACGCACCCGCAAACAUCGACGACCAGGUAGCAUUAAUGGCAGUCAAUGUCCUCGGAGAUGAAAUGGAAGAUGAGGCCAAGACGAUCAUCAUUACAAAGGCGGAAGUCAGUUUCUCGCCAUACGAUGACUUAGCCUUCAUAAUGUACGUGGACAAUGAUAUCGCUGAUCUAGUGAGGAUCCUGGAUGAGAAGAAGAAGACUGCUGUGUCCGAAGAGAGAUUCGAAUACGCACGUCGCCUAAAGUCAGCUGGUUCGGCACUGGCUGCAGCCGGUAUCAGGAUUGGAAGGUGGAGACUGCGGAAGAGAACGGCGGCCGCUAGAGAUGACUUCGAACUGGCCAGGCGUAUGAGGGACCGGAUCUCUGAUGCGCUCAUGGGGGUUAAAGAAGAUCCGGAGCUGUUGCGCCUAAUCGAAGAUGAAGGGCCAGAUGCACGCAACGACUCGUCAAUGCCACAGGCGUACGACUUCUCCCAUCACCUGUCUCCGUCCGUGGCAGCAGGCACCCACAGCAUCGACAUCCAGUCACCAGUGCCACCGGUGGAGCAAGAAGAUCACAACGGCUUGGAUGACGAGCCCAAUCAUAUUUCUGCUUCUCCUGUUCAAAACAUAGAAGAAGAUAUAGAACCAAUAAACAAUAACAUAGAAAUACAACCACAGCCAGUUCAUGAUCUAGUAGAUCAGACAGAUGGAUAUAAAGAAGUUUACAAAAGAGAAGAAGAAACAAGAAGAGAAACGGACAGCCCCAGAAGAAGUAUCACACCCAACGCCGUUAAUGGUUCAGUGGUACGAAGAAGGAACAAAAGUGCAGGUCCGCGUUCGACAUUUGAAGCGUAUGAGGAACGUCUGCUACCAGCUCUUAGACAUUCCCACACAAACGAAUUUCUGCGCGAAGCUCGCGAGGAGGAGUGUAGUGCAGGCAGCGCUUCCUCUCACCAUCGCGUGAUUCACAAGCUGAACGAACGAGAGAGAAAACAAGCUGCACUGCCUAUCUUAAUAUUUGGAUAUCCACUGGUUGAGAAGUUUUUCUCAAAGAAUUACCUCGAUAAAGAGGAGGGGCUUGCCCGUCUGCGUGCGGAACUAACAACGCCAUCUAAUGGCAGCACCAAGACAUCUCCAAAUAAAACCGCGAGAGCUGCCGCGCUGUUGUUACAGAGGUCGCUGAGGGACAAAGUGUUCUCCGUAUACAGCCAGGCUAAUGAAGUAGUUUGUGUACUGUUUAAGGAUUUUGUUCCAGACAGAGUGUGCGCAGCUGAGGUGGGCAGAUGUUUGGAGAAGAUUUUACCUGAGCUGGUGCGUGCCUGCGGAGACCCGGCGCCCAGAGUCCACUCGACUGCACAGCAUACGGUGUUAACUGUGGCCGAAUGUCCACAUGUCAGAAGUCUCCACAUAAUUCCGCAACAGUUGGUACGUCCUGUGGCUGCGUCGAUGCAUCCUAGACUCGCACUAUCUCGUCUGCAGAUGCUGGAGCAGCUACUCCUGAGCCACGGCAUAUCAACAGACAAGAAUAGCGGUCUAACUGUCCGUCGGCUUGCUGAAUGUGGUGCCGCCGGCGUGCAGCACGCGGCUGGCUCCGUGCGAGCUGCUGCAGAGCGUAUCCUGCUCACGGCAUACGCCAGGUCUCCCCGCGUGGUGCGAGCUCAGCUGCCGCCUGACGACGCCGUCACCAGGAGGAACCUCAUCUACCGCCAUCUGUUUCAGCAGUUCGAUAGGAUUGAUAUGCAAAAAAUGCUAAACCAAGCUCCGUCAGAAGAACCGCCCAUCGAUCAAACAGAGUCAGCUCACGAGACGAGCGCGUCACAGUCCACGCGCAGCGGCACUACAUUCAGUGGCAUGACAUCAUCACUCGGCAUGUCGUCAUCGCUUGGUUUGACGUCACUAGAGACCUCUUACAGCUUGAAAUCGAGUGCAAGUAGCGCGACCCUGGCACCCUCAAGCAUGAGCGGAAGCUUAACAUCGAGAAGUAAGAGUAGCAUGAAGAAAUCUUCAACGAAGAAGUGUGCCAGCAAAGUUGUCAAAGACGUGAGCAGUCCCGGGUACAAUAAGCUAAGGCUAGAUAGUGCUAUUAGCCCUAAACAUUCCCCGAGACCACCCAACGCUACUGAAAAGGUUCAUUUCCAAGAAUGCCAAACUGACGAAGUUGUAUACAGGCGAGCCAACCGUAACUCGGAAAACCGACACUCUAUGAUACAUUAUGAUCAUGAUACAAUAAAACCAGAACUUAAAGAACGUCCGGCGACUGUAUACGAACCUCUACAUUCUGACUUCAGAGAUUCUCCGACCAUAGGCUCACCGAAGACCUCAAAAGAACUACGAAGUCUUGACUCCUUACCGAUGGAUUCUCCACGACUUUCCAGGAAUGACUUGGAUUCUGAUAGAAGUUUGGAUUCGCCGAAGCUAAGAGCUGAUUUCUUUAGAGAUACAACAGGUCUUGAGUCUCCAAAAUUAGUGGCUAAUGUGAGGAACUUACAUCUGGACGAUCAUAGCCAAAUGGAUGAAAGCGGGUAUUACAGCCCAGGUAGACGGCAACAAGCUUCGAAUGACCAAACUUUCGAGAAUUAUGAAACAGUUGCCGUUGAAGCGAGCUGUGAAACAACUCCCGAGCCUUUCAGCAAUCAAUCAGGGUCAUGUCGCUGUCCUUGGUGCGGACGCAACGUGCGAGCAUCCGCAAUGGACACCCACUAUUGGCGACGCUGCGUGCUUCUGGCGCGUUGUCCUCACUGCCGGCUGACGCUCGAGGCGAGAGCGCUACACAGCCAUCUACUGGAAGAAUGUUCCCUCAGCGAGGGUUUUUGGAAAGGUUGCCACAAGUGUGGAGCAGCUCUGCGUUCGGAAGACAACGAAAAUCACGUGAACUGCAUUCCUUUGGCCAUGGACGAGUGGAAGUGCCCAUACUGCUUCACGAACGUGCUGGCUCGGGACCUGCCCUGGCAGAGGCACCUGAUGCAGUGCCCCAGAAACCCUCGACUCUCACAAUCCUCGUCUAAUAUCUAGGCUUUUUAACUUCCCGCUAAGAAAAUUUAAAAUUUUAUUCGGGAAGUUAUUGAUUUUAUCCGGUUUUUCGAAAAUCGAGUUUUCAUCAGAUCUCGACGUUUUAAAGUUUUAGGAAGCUUUCCUGACUAUUUCCGCGAUGGUGUCCGUACGUCUGUAUGUAUGUGUGUGUGUAUGGAUGUAUGUAAACUUCUUAUUACUUUUGAACGGUUUUAUUCUACGUUAAAGCUUAUCUAGAAUUUAUUUAGCUCAAAAAACUGCGUUGAAUGUCGCCAACCGCGUUUCUAAAUUCAAAAAAUAGUGUUUUAUUAAACUUUUGAGCUUGAAGUGCUCAAUAUCAUCAUAAGUAUAAUUUGAAGCGUUUAUGUUUGGAAUGGGCGGGAAGUUGCAAUGAUGGCCUUAGGGUAAACCGUUUAAUUUUUUUUUGUUUAUAUUGCUAUAAACUAUCAUCAGCCAAUUUGGUCACGAUCGGGUUGUGGUUGGUUGUUGUUCGUAAAAUGCGUGUUUUCUUCAUGGAAUAGGUGUAUUUAACUAAACCUGUGCUUAGUAAAGUUAUUAUAUACACGCCGUUGUGUAUUAAGUUUAUUCAAAAUAGCUUUGACUAAAACCAAUAUUUGCGAUAAAAAGCUAUAAUAUUAACUUGAGUCAAUGAUUUGACUGCAGGAUCGGUUAGUGUGUAAGUAAGCUAGGUAGGAUUUUAACAUUGAAAGACUUACCAGAUAGUAAUAUAUCUAAGUUAUUGGGUUUUAUUAAAUCAAAACCUGAUACGAGAAGCACAUCUUUUCUGUGGUAUUUUGCUGAGAUUAUUUUCUUUCGAGUUUGAUGUAGGUAGUAUUUUAAUUACUGAAAAAUUGUCACUGUGUUACCUUGUUACUUUAAUUCGUGAAAUUUCUUAUACUAAGGUAUCAAAUAGAAAAAGGCUGCGAUGUACAGUGUUCUUAUAUUUUGCUCAGACUUUACUUACGUAUAACUUUGCUGAGUGUGAUAAACGCGACCUUGACUUUUAAGACCAGUGCCGGGUUAACCACGUAGCAAGAGUAGCAAAUGCUACGGGCCCCGCGCGAAACCCCGGGGGCCCCGCAUAUUUAAACCCAUUCCUCUUUACCUGAGCGAAAUUUUGAGUAAAAUUUAAUUCAUCUGACAAAAACGAUGUAACAUUACAACUUUUUCAACAAGACAAUCCACAUCAGGCAACUCAGUAACUGACUAUUGCCAAUAUUGAUCAAGGGUUCGUUGAAAGAAUUUACUACGGGCCCCGCGCUAGCAUAAUCCGGCACUGGUUAAGACACCAUCAGUAUAGCAUAAUUUCAGCUGUCAAAUAAGUGUAAAAACAAAAUCAAAGAUUAUGCUAAGCUUACACUCAGCUAAGUUUUCAGUUAGUAAAGUCUGAGCAAAGUCUAAGUACGCUCCAUAGAUCCCAGUCUAAGUCUUUCGAUACUUAACGUUAUAAAAGUGUAGUCAGUAGGUACUUAAUAAAAAUAUUUCCCUAGACUUGAACGCACAAUUACUGUUGAUUGUUAAUGUUACUCAUUUUGUUGUUUUCGUUAUUUUAACACUUAAUUUAAGAUAGAUUAAAUAAUUUAUGUUCAGUAGGUAUUACCUAGGCGGGAAUCUAAACAUUACCCUCCAUCUCCUCUUGGUAAGAUGUCGCGAGAUUAUACUCAACUCAACCUCCCAUUAUUAAUCUCAAAUUAGAUUUUUCCAAGUUCGAAUUUUUAAUGAAAAUUAGUUUAAUUAAAAAAAAAUAUGCGUAAAAAUAAUAAUAAUAUACUUAUAACUUUUUAUUGUAUUUAAAUUGAUAUAUUUAAAAACAAGAUAUUCAAUCUUUAUCAAUUAAAAUCUGACAAAUAAUCUUUAAAAUUGGGUUUAAAUAUUUUUCUGUAAAAUUAAAUGUAGGUACUAACUAAGUAACAUAAUAUGAAAAUUUUGAAUUACAUAUAACUUCUUAUUGAUUUAUGUGAACUGCAAUUAACAGACGUUCGUUUUUGUGUGCAAAAACAACGGGAACGUAAUUAAUAUUUCGAAGAACGAUUUUUUUGCUCUUGAAAGUUUUUUAUCUUGCGAAGCACAGCCACAUGAGUAAAUAAAACAGGUACAGAGAGAAAGCUUCAUACAACAACGCGAAAUGGUUGCAUUAUUACAAUGAUCGGGCAUGUGUGAGUGUCCACUGGCCGCUUGUUGCGUACGCGGCGAAACUGGUAACCAGUUGACGAUCGCACAGCCAGUUGACAAUCUCAGGAUUAGCGCGACACACGUAUUGUUUUAUUAUUUGCAAGCUUGAAUAUUUUAACAUAAAAAGUGAUACUUCAAUAUUAUUAUUAUGGUUGUUUACUAUACUUUUGAUCGUAUUAUUAAUGCUUAUGAAAAACAAAAUUAAAGUGUAUCAUAUUUUAAGUGUCCCAAGGACUACAAUAAUUCUGUAGGUAAUUAAGUAUUCAGAGUCAAUAAAGUCAAACGUUCACAAUACUUAAUAAUAAAUUAAUAACAAUAAUAAAUUUUGGUAAAAUGAACCAAAUUCGAACGCCUGUUAAUUAAUUGAUAACUGUAUUGGUUAAGUGUUAAUUAAUAGCCAUCCUUUUUUACAUAUCAACUAAUUUGAAACGUCAUUGCAGUCCAGUUUAUAUGAACCGUCCACAAACUUGUUCCGUCGUGCACAAACCUUCAUAUUUCCUUUAACUUUUACUUAAUUUUUACUAUAUUUUAGGACCCAGGUUAGGAGUGUGUAAAAACUAAGGCCAAAUUAAGUUUAGUCACUACACAAAGUGGCUAGAAUUUUGGAAUUAUACCUAAAUUUGAAUAAAUAAAAUUGUAUUUAAAUUGAAAAAAACGCCUAGAAAUGCAGGCUUUUAACGAAAAGUAACAAUACUGAUAAACAUUGUGUUAGUAUUAAUAAGAUAGGCAGAUAAAGGAAUAAGACAAGCGAAUUGAUAAUUCUCAACAAUAUACGAUAUAUGUACAUAAGUUUUGAUGGUUUUCUUAAAAAUUGCUUAUAAACGGGAAUAUUAGUUAUUCUUUAUACUCAGAGCGUUAUUUAUUUAUAAUUAAAUAGAAUGCCAAACCGUAGAUGAAACGGGCGUAAUUAUUACGCUAUUGUUAAGCCAGCCUUUUUCUGGCUUGAUAGGGCUCAAAGCAGAUAAACGCCAAGUCUUCAAUCAAAUAGAGGAAACCUCGGCAUAAUUAAAAGCCACUAACACACCUUUUCUUUACACUUAUGCCUACAUAUUUGCCAAGAAUAAAUGGUUACAAUAGAAAAAAAAAUAACGGUAACUAUCUAAGCAAGCAGUACCUGUUGCAACAAAUUAUCUAAUAAAUCUAAUUGUAAAACCGAAAUCUCAAGUUAAUUUCCUAAUAUGCAAUUGUUAGGAUUGAGCAAUUUAUCAAUUAAUGUAAAGUUGAUCCUAUAGAUGUCGCCACAAAUCAUUCGACAAAACGUCAUUCGGUCAUUUCGAUUAUAGGUUAGUGUUGGGUUCGUAUUCUUAAAUAUAUCGAAUAUCUAAUCUUAAUCUAAACUUAAAUGAAUAAAAUGGUGUGAUAUUUUGCUAUUUUCUCUCACGAUAACUUGAUCUAAUAAAAUACAAAUCCGUCACAGCCUUUUAAGUAACCUGUGUUUUUAAUUAGGCAAGUAUAUGUACUGCAGUAGGAACACAGGGAAACUAUUGUAAUUAAUGUAAUUAUGUUAGUAAGUAUUGUUGAUUGCGAAUUAUAACAAUAUAAUUUA